CGAGAAGGUAACAACAGUGCUAAGGAGAUUACAGAAACAGCAACUGAUAUUCUACUGAAAGAGGUUCAAAGGUUACCUGGGUGCAGUGUUGCCUGUUUAUUAAAGCCACACACUGAUGAGUCGGGGCUUAGUCCUGCCACAGGAGCUGGGGAAGCACCAACCCUUGAAUGCCCACUUGGAGUUGUAAAGCAGCCAAGGACGGAAGCUGUACUGGCCCCUCCACCCUCCUCCAGCACUAAAGGAAGGUUCAACUGUGGCUCCACUGAUCCAGCACAAUGAUCUGGAUACUUCAAGUCUUGUUCUCACCGCUCCCAACACCAGCAUUGAUUAGUCUCAUUGCAUUUGGAGCUGGCAUCUUCCUCUGGUUGAUAAGCAGGCCAAAACCUGUUUGGCCUCCUGUUGACUUGAACAAGCAGUCAGUAGGAAUUGAGGGAGGAGCCAGAAGAUGUGCACUCCUGCCAGAUAAUAACCUGCUUUCUUAUUACUUUGACGAUAGUAAAACCUUGUAUGAAGUUUUCCAGAGAGGUCUACAUGCUUCUGAAAAUGGCAACUGCUUAGGCUACAGAAAACCCAACCAACCUUAUCAAUGGCUGACAUAUAAACAGGUUCUGGAUAGAGCUCAAUACCUGGGAUCAGGACUCCUGCAAAAAGGAUGCAAGCCAUCACCCAACCAAUUUAUUGGCAUUUUUGCUCAGAAUAGGCCAGAGUGGAUCAUUUCAGAGUAUGCCUGCUACACUUACUCAAUGGUUGCUGUUCCACUCUAUGACACUCUGGGGCCAGAUGCCAUUGUAUAUAUUGUUAACAAAGCUGACAUAAGCCUAGUGAUCUGUGACAAGCCUGACAAGGCACAGACCUUGCUUGAGAACUGUGAGCAAGAAAAGACCCCACAUCUGAAGACUAUCAUUCUUAUGGAUCUCUUUGAUAAAGAGCUCAAGGACAGGGGAGCAAAAGUGGGAGUCGAAAUUCUCGCACUGCAGGAGGUUGAGGAGCUGGGAAGAAACAACAUCAAAGAACCAGUUCCCCCUAAGCCUGAAGAUCUUUGCAUUGUGUGUUUUACCAGUGGAACCACAGGUAACCCUAAAGGAGCCAUGCUGACGCAUCAAAAUGUUGUUGCAAAUGCUGCUGCCUUCCUUAGAUGCGUGGAGAACACAUUUGAGUGUACAAGUUCAGAUAUCGCCAUGUCCUAUCUUCCCUUGGCUCACAUGUUUGAGCGAGUUGUACAGACUGUGGUCUACAGCUGCGGAGCAAAAGUUGGCUUCUUCCAAGGAGACAUCAAGUUGCUAACAGACGACAUGAAAGCCUUGAAGCCCACACUAUUUCCAGUUGUACCAAGACUGCUCAAUAGAAUAUAUGACAAGAUACAAAGUGCUGCAAAGAGCCCAGUGAAACGUUGCCUAUUAAACUUUGCUGUGACUAUGAAGAUGGCUGAAAUAAAACAGGGUAUUAUUCGAAAUGACAGCAUUUUGGAUCGGCUAAUCUUCAAAACAGUUCAGGAAACAAUGGGUGGAAGAGUGCGUAUUAUGGUAACAGGUGCAGCUCCUAUAUCCCCCUCUGUCCUGACAUUUCUUAGAGCAGCAUUGGGCUGUCAGAUUUUUGAAGCUUAUGGCCAGACUGAAUGCUCGGCUGGAUGUACGUUCUCAAUGCCUGGAGACUGGACAACAGGUCAUGUUGGAGCCCCUCUGGCUUGUAAUAUCGUAAAACUAGAUGACGUGGAGGAAAUGAACUACUUCUCCUCCAACAAUGAGGGUGAGGUCUGCAUUAAAGGACCAAAUGUGUUCAAGGGUUAUCUGAAAGACCCUGAGAAGACAGCAGAAGCAAUUGAUAAAGAUGGCUGGCUCCACACUGGAGACAUAGGGAAAUGGAUGCCAAAUGGAACAUUGAAGAUCAUUGAUAGGAAGAAGAAUAUAUUCAAACUUGCACAAGGAGAAUACAUUGCUCCAGAGAAGAUAGAAAAUGUCUAUAUUAGAAGUGCUCCUGUAGCCCAGGUCUUUGUACAUGGGGAAAGCCUGAGGUCUUUUCUAAUAGGUAUAGUGGUUCCUGAUCCUGAGAUGCUUCCAGAAUUUGCAGCAAAAUUGGGAAUAAAAGGCUCCUAUGAAGAACUCUGCAAAAACCCAGCAGUGAAGAAAGCUAUUUUGGAAGAUAUGGCCAGACUGGGCAGAGAGGCUGGCCUUAAGUCCUUUGAACAAGUUAAGGACCUGUACAUCCACACAGAGAUGUUCUCUGUAGAAAAUGGACUUUUGACACCAACACUGAAGGCAAAGCGAGCAGAGCUUGUUCAAGUCUUCCAGCAGCAGAUUGAAGCCCUCUAUUCAAGUACGCAGGAAUAAGGGCCCAGUUUAAAUUAAACUGCAUGGACGAUCCAUCAAAUCUGUGACACUACAUCGCUUAUGGAGAACAUACAAGCAUGAGAGUGGAGAGAAGCAAGAGAACUUUAAUAUAUUGUUUCUGGUAGCCCGGGAUAGAUGACAUUCAUAUGAAGACGGCUAUAGCAAAACUGAUGACUGGCACUAUUCACAUCUUGCAGGACAAAGCAUCAGCCGUCUAGGCAAAGCCAGAUCUGUCAUCAUCUUUGGACUUUGAAGUGCAAAAACACUCAAGAACCUUAUGAGCCUUAAGAAGGCAGCUGUAUGCACUUCUUGCUGUCAAAAACAAACCUUGUUUUCCUCCUCCAACUACGAACUCCAUUAUGACUUCUUGUGGAUUAAUCUGCAGUCAUACUGAACUCUUUCAUGCAGUUACAUAUUGUGAAUUGGGGAGAGACAGUUCAAAAACAAAGUGCAGGAAAAUAACACUUCACUUUCUACUCAGGGUGCUAUAACCUGCCUCAACAAUAUGAAUUGGAUCUUAUCUCUUCAACAAAUACACAAGUGACUUUUCUGUUCCUAGCCCUGGACCACACAGUACAGGUUGUUUUGAUGAAAAUGAGUAGUCUGGCAUCAAAUAGUUUACAAAGUAUAUGUGUCUAAAGCAAACAUAGUUUAUAUUCUAGUACAGGAGGCACUGGAUCAGUUUUUGCACAUGAGCCUGAUAAGUGAAAAACUGUAGCUAUCCUUCCUAAGGAUAUAGGAUGCAAUAAAUCAUAACUGUACAAUCAAACCAAAGCCUGUGUGUGUGACUUGUUUCUCUGCUGCAACCAGACUGUCAGCUGCAGGGUUUACUGCUGCCUGGUUCUGCACAGCUGCAGCUAGAACAUAACUGCUCUAGAAAGCUCAGGGAUUUCUUGUGCUGUUGCUACUUGGUCACAGUUAAGUCAUAAGGCAGUAAGAUUGGGCAGACACGAUGUUGCUCCCGUACUCAACUUUCCUUUUCUUGUAGUAAGGCAAUAUAUGCCAAAGUCAUUAGCAUCACUUUAUUCUCCCAGCUCAGCCUAUCACAUGAAAUAAGGCAUUAGAUAUCAUUUUCUAAGGUUAAAGCUGUUUCCUU